AUGGUAAAAAGAAGAAACGGAAGAGGGCAAGAAUAUCUGACGAAUCAAAGACCGGAACAAAAAAGAAGAAAAGGAAGUAAACAUGAGAAGAAAUCUCACAAGUUUUCAGAUUCUGAUACAUCAAUGAAGGAUAUUUCACGAAAGAAUAGUAGUUCUAUUUCUGGAUCAACGCCCGGUGAUUCUGUUACGGAUUUUUAA